AUGCAGAAAAUCAAGCCUGUCGGCUGGUUCGGCCUUGGAUCCAUGGGUUUGCCCAUGGCCAUCAACCUGCAAAAGAAGCUUCAAUCUCACGGCGCCAACCUGACAUUCUCAAACCGCACUGUAUCAAAGGGAGCCGCUCUGGUAGAAGCAGGAGCUGUUGCGAAGAAUAACAUCGUAGAGGUCGCGCAAAUAUGCGACGAUAUUUUCACCAUGGUCUCGGCAGACGCGGUUCUUCAAUCGCUAGUUAAGGAACUCCUCGCAAGCGGCAUCGACCUCAACGGCAAGACGUUCAUCGACUGCUCCACAAUACACCCCGACACGGCGGGAUCCGUAUCGGAAACCCUGCAAAAGGCCGGCGCCACCUUUAUCGCUGCGCCCGUCUUUGGCGCCAACCCGGUCGCUCAGGCUGGAAGACUCAUCUUCGCCAUGGCCGGCCCCAUGGCAGCUAUCGAACGCCUUGAGCCCCUGAUUGUCGAUGUGAUGGGCAGGAAAGUCAUCAACAUGGGCGAGGAUGUCAAGAAAGCCCCCAUGCUAAAGGUGACAGGGAACGUGCUUCUCGUUGUCUUCCUCGAGGCUAUUGCCGAGACGCAGGUGUUGGCGGAACAGAACGGUAUUGGCAGCAACGUGAUGGAAGAUCUCAUCUUUGAGAACUUUGGACCGGUAUUGGGGAGCUAUUCGCGCAGGAUGACCAGCGGAUCAUGGGCUCCCAAGGAGGGAACGGCUGGAUUCCUUGUGUCCAACACCAUCAAGGACGCGAAACAUGCGCUACGAGUCGCCAACGACCUUGGCGUCAGGAUGCCGGCGUUGGACAUUGCGACAAACAACAUGCUCAGCGCAAGGGCGUACGGUGGCGAGAACCUAGAUGGUGCGGCUCUGUAUGGAACUCUCAGGUCCCAGUCCGGUCUUCCCUUCUGGUCCGAAAACAGUCGUCAAGAGUGA